UAUAAAAGCAAGAGCGAGCACCUACAGAUACAUCAGUGAGACACAUCACACACUCAUCUACAUCAUGACCUUCACCAUCUUCUCCAUCACCUGCCUUGCCCUGGUGGCCUCUGCUCUGGGUUGUGGAGUGCCUGCGAUUAAACCACAGACGAUCGGCAGCAGGAUUGUGAACGGACAGAAUGCCAUCUCUGGUUCUUGGCCCUGGCAGGUCUCUCUCCAGCAACCCAGUGGUUUCCACUUCUGCGGAGGAUCCCUGAUCAACCAGAACUGGGUUCUCACUGCUGCCCACUGCCGUGUCACGGUCAGCCUUCACCGUGCCAUUUUUGGAGAACACGAUCGUGGCUCCAAUGCUGAACCCAUCCAGGUCAAACGAAUUUCCCAGGUCAUCACACAUCCGCUUUACAACAGGGCAACCAUCAACAAUGACAUUGCUCUGCUGAAACUGGCAUCUCCAGUCACAUUGACUCCCCGUAUUUCUCCUGUAUGUUUGGCUCCAUCAAACAUCAACAUCCUGCCUGGAACCCGCUGCUUCACCACUGGCUGGGGUAGAACUGCCACCACAUCGAGCCCUCUGAUCCUGCAGCAAACAGGUGUACCCAUUGUAAGUCCUGCUGCGUGCAGGCAGGUCUGGGGUCAGCGCAGAAUCACUGAUGCCAUGAUUUGUGCUGGAGCCUCCGGUUCCUCAUCUUGUCAUGGUGAUUCUGGUGGUCCUCUGGUGUGUGAGCGCUCAGGGGUCUGGUCUCUGGUGGGUGCUGUGUCCUGGGGAAGCAGCACUUGUGACACCCGUUUUCCUGGAGUAUAUGCCCGCAUCUCCCAACUGCGCUCCUGGAUCGACAGGACUAUCGCUUCCAACUAGAUCACAAGUUGGAGUGUUUAUUUUCUGCCUUUAAUCCCUGUUGGUGCUCUUUUUGUUUAUGGGUUUGUCAGUCAGUAACUUCAUUCUGAAGUAUGUGACUUCAUAUUGUAAUGAAAAUGUUCCAGUAAAUAAAAGGAGUAAAA